UUGCCAAUUUUCAGGCAAGAAGAAGACGGUACCUAUGUGACUCAGGUAGGCGAAAAAGCAGCUAUCGAUAUAUCGUUUGUGGUAACUAAUAACGGUGAACGGGCCUACGAAGCGAUGCUUUUCAUCGAGUACAACUCGGAUGAACUUGAUGUCCCGGUACUAAGCAAAAAAGCCGGCCCUGUCAAUAUUAACAGUUUCGAGGGCAACACUGCUGUGAUCUCGCUUGGCAAUCCUAUGGAACCAAACAAGCAGCUCAAAUUCGAGCUGAGUUUCAAACUAGCACGUGGACGUACGGAGGGACUGGGCAAGCCGCUCACAUUCCGAGCCCAUGUGAACAGCACCAGUGAUGAAACGAAUCUAGCCGAUAAUUCAUGGGAAGCCGUUGUUCGAGUGAUCAAACGUGCCGAACUGGAGCUUAGUGCCAUUUCAGAACCUGCAAUUGUCAGAUACGGCGGGGAGAUGAAAGGCGAAUCCGAAAUGGAAUUUGAUAUCGACAUUGGACCGCUUGUUGUCCACAAAUACACUGUCACUAAUAAAGGGCCAUGGUCAGUGUCCAAUGUCACGGUCCAGGUAUGUAUCGUGCGCAGCUCACCAAUAUUAGUAGUAUAUAUUAUACGCAAAUGACC